UUGAUUCCGAUUCCAUUGUGAUUUCACAAGAGAAGGUGACAUGCUCUGAUGUAAUCAACAAGGCAUGAUUGUACUGCCUCAAACCUGUACGGACAGCAAAGAACAUCUCAGCGACAGCGAGGCCUCGGUUUCAUACAAUUCUGACAGUUCUUUCCGAUCUAAACCUAACAAUGGCGUUGCCGUUGUGAACAUAAGGUCCUGCUGAGAGCACAGACACAGACCAAGCCUGUGUGCUGCUCAGGCAGCCCUGGGGCUGGCCUAGACAGUGGAUAGGGUGUCACUAACCCAGAUCCUGUUGCGGAUGCUAGCCUACUGUUGAAGACAACGUCAUCGUCACUAUGACCAGCCUAGGGAUUCAGCAACGUCCCACUGUCCACAGACACAUAGGGAGGAGUCCCUUACUCCUGUCUCACAAACAGAGGUCCUCCUCCACCUUGCCCCUCCUGAAACGCCUGCACCAUGCCAGGGGGGUGUACCCUGUCUCUGUGCCCCAGAAAGACCCGCCGUCGCUGGAUGACUACUUCUCCCUCCUCCAGCGACUGAAAGAGGAGACUUACAUGUACAAACAGAACAAGGAGCUGAAACACGUACAGAGCAGGAGGCCACCACCACCGUGUAAGCAGCAGCCUCACUCUCCACCUCCGCCCAGUCCUCUUCCCAGAGGCCCUAGCAGCCGAGUCCCACCACUUCCCAGAGUUCCCAGUAACAGCAGGGUCAUCCCGUUGGGUCGCCCUCAUCGUAGACUGAGCCAGCACUCCAGCCACAAGAUGGCGUCCUCCUCCUCCUCCCAGAAGGGUAAACACACCCCGGCCGUCAUCAAGGGCCAUCGCCACUUAAGCUACGGAGGAGCCGUCCCACCUGAGAACAUCACUGUUCAACAGUUUUAUGACCUUACGCCUACCAAGAAAAGUAACGUCCGCCUCAACGACCAGCUUAUUCCAAAACCAACGGACAUCAACAUCGCAGAGCUAAUGAUAAAGGUUCCGAUUCCAAAGGAACAUCCGUAUCAGGCCCACAUCUCCCGCUUUGCCCUGUUCCCAACGUUCCGCUCACCAGACGACCCCGACACAGGCGUGAGAGCUGCGUCCCUACGACCCCUGAACCCUCUCGUCCCGGCCUCUGCUCCAGAGGUCAUCGUGCUGAGAAAGACAAAAGGGGGUCCUCAUCGUCAUGAGGUACUGGAGACACCCAUGACAACCAGGAAGAAAACUAUCUCAUGGCCAGGACAUCAUGGCUUCCUGGAUCACCCCGAGGCCCAGACCCAGGCGUUCUACCCUAAUGCCCAGAAGACAGUGUUUCCCAACCCUACCCUGCGUGACUGGGAUGUCACACUGUCUGAACCAACAGCCAACAUGCUCCGCAACGUAGAGAAGUCCCACUGGGUCACCUCCUACCAGCUUCACUACACGGGAACUGGACCUACUAAUCCCUUGAGGUUGGAUGACUUCCAUGAGAACACCAUUGACAAGAUCACUGGGAAGAUGACUCCCUACACAACACAGCUGAGGGAGCGAUCCUACCCCGUCCUGGUGCCCGCUAAACCACGAGACGGGCGCAAGGCCAGAAUACGCCAGGGCCGUCGUACUGUGGAGAGCACCUACCACCCUCCUGUCACUGCCCCAGCAGCAGAGUCCCUCAACGCAGACCAGACCUACACACAGAAUCACCCUGCUAUGCCUCUGGGAACCAUGUCUGGUCACCAUGGCCAUCAGGGGAUACAGGGGAACCACUCUCCUCAGGAUGGCCACUCAGAGCUCAGUCUAGCCAGGCCUGCGGCUGUAGAUGUGUCUGAGCCUGAGCCUGCUCAGGUGUCUGGGUAUAUGUUCCCUGGUCACCACCUUCAAGAUCAAGGCUCCAGGUGUGAGAGGUGUGGGGAGGAGAGGUGUGAGUGCCAGGUCACGGAGGCCAGAGAGGGGCUCCACCACCCAGGGCCAGGGGCAUCAGACCCCCAGCAGAGCAGCCAGGCUCCCAGAGCUUCCCUGGAGAAGGGAGCGGUGGAGAAGGUCACAGACACGGAGAGCUCUCUGGCAUUGUGCAGCCGCCAGCUUUCCCAUCAUCCCCUGAAUGAGACCACAAAGGUUACCAAAGAGAAUAACCCCCAGAGUGAGGUAUGCUACGAGGACGUUCCUAGCAGCAAGAAGCAGAGCUACACAGCAUCAGGGGGUAACCCGUUCAGCCUGAGCCAGCCAGCGUCAGCAUUGGCUACUAACAACACAGGGGCGGCAUAUGAAUCUGAGACUGCUGCUGAUCUGGUCUCUCCCAACAUCCGUAACUGGCGUAACGGGUCGACUGCCAAUCAGACCCUUGAAGAACAGGACCAGGAGUGGCAGAACAGAGAGAUCCCCAUCCCUCGCAGUAUCUCCAACCCCUGUAUCCAACCCCGUCCCCAUGCCUUGCCUUCCACCCACCCAGGGGAGAGGGGCAGGGGCCGGUGCCAGUUGGCCCUGCUGGAGCUCCAGGACUCCUUCAGUAAGUCGGAGGUCCACCGCCUCUUCCACAGCUCCCUCCAGGGGGGCACGGUCAACCUGCAGGACAAUGUCCACACCGGGAGAAAGCACCGCUUCUACGGCUUCAACUCCUACUAUUUCCACAACUGAGUACUGUCCUGUAGGCCUACCACUAUGCCCACAGUCUGUAGGGCUUAGUGAGUUGGAUGGGUCUACGGUCUACAAUGGUAUCUCUUCAUGAUGGUAAAUCCAAACAUAUACUGUAGCUUACUCAAAGCUACUGACAUGUUUUGCUUAUUAUAUCUAUCUUUCCAUGUGUCUUUCAAAUA